GCGCUUCAGAGGGAAAGAGUGGGAUCAUUCACACAAAUGCGCUGGGGAUAGCCGGGAGCCGGGGCACAAAAUGACACUUAUCAGCGGUCAUUACCAGCUGAAGGAUUAACAAAAGCCUGGAGCCAUGCAAAAGAACUAAAUAAAGACUGAACAGCGGAUGUGUUCCCGUUUAAUAUCGACCAAAAAGGUUAAAUUAACGUUUUUCUAAGAGGAAUAACUGAAAACAAAACUUUUCUUUUCAAACUGAAAAAACAACUAUGAGAUCUACCAACGAAAACUGCCCAUGAAUAUGACUUGGAAAUAGUGCAAUUUUCUGUUGACUAAAAAGCUCCUCAGUAAUGAGUGAAACUCGAGGCACCGAAACUGGUUACUUCAGUGAUGCCAGAUUAGGGAUCACGUUAAAUGGUCUGAAAACCACCUGAGACACUGUCAGUCCUGAUGCUUCAGUCCGACCGGCCAAACGCUUUGCAUUUGGAAAGGUGUCAUCGGAGUGCAGUGUAAAGUUUACUCGCUUACCGCUGAACCACGACGUGAAUGACCUUACAUUUACAACAGAUAUGUCUGUCCUGCACCUUCACUUUUUAUUCCAGCUGUUUUUUACGCUAGGAUUUUCCAUGAGCCAUCAAUGGUCUCCGAGUACACUUGGAAUUGUUGCUAAGGAAAACAAUGCUGCGACAUUACCCUUGCUAAAAGUAGUGCAAUUGCCACAUACUACAGAGUUUGAUAUUGUAGUGCCAUAUGAAGUGGAUUCCCAGGGGGGGUACAUCUCUCACGCGGUCGCCCACCAUCAUAGGAGGAAACGGUCAGCGAAUGGCGCUGGCCCGAGCGAGACGGUCCAUUUCAAGCUGCACGGACUGGGACGGGAGUUUCACUUGGAACUGCGGCCUGCAGGUGGCCUUUUAGCACCUGGUUUUACAGUCCAGACUCUGGGAAAGAACGGCACUAAGAAUUCGCUGCCCUACCGGGAAGAUGACCACUGCUUUUACCAGGGUUCCCUGAGGUCGAGUGCUGAAUCACUGGUGGCCCUAGCUACCUGCGCAGGAAUGUCAGGUUUGAUUAGGACGCAGGAGGUGGACUAUAUCAUUAGUCCCCUUCCACGGGACCUAGCCGAGAAAGGGAACUUCACUGCCCCCCCUGGUCACCAACCCCACAUAUUGUACAAGAGGUCCACGGACAUGCGGGCCGGCUCAGCACGCAACGACGUCCCCAAAGAGCAAGAGCAUCACCAGGACCAUCACCAUAGCAACCAGGAUAAACAGCACUACUGUGGAAGACGGAAGAAAUAUAUACCCAAACCUCCACAAGAAAACAUCUACAUAUUUCCCGAUGAAUACAGUGACACAUCUCGGGGUAAGAGAUCCAUUACGUUCAAGGCUCACGCUCCACAGAAGCUGAACGUGGAAACUUUGGUGGUGGUGGACAGAAGCAUGAUUGAGAAUCACGGCCGUAGUAACAUCACCACCUACGUCUUGACAAUACUGAAUAUGGUUUCAACCCUUUUUAAGGAUGGAACAAUAGGAGGUGACAUCAACAUUGUUUUAGUGGGUCUGAUUCUUCUGGACGAGGAUCAGGACGGCCUGGUCAUCAAUCACCAUGCUGACCACACCCUGAACAGCUUCUGCCAGUGGCAGUCAGGGCUGGGCGGCAGAGACGGGCGGCGACAUGAUCACGCCAUCCUGCUUACUGGCCUGGAUAUCUGCUCCUGGAAGAAUGAGCCAUGUGACACCCUGGGUUUUGCACCAAUCAGUGGGAUGUGCAGCAAGUACAGGAGCUGCACCAUCAAUGAAGAUACCGGCCUGGGUCUGGCUUUCACCAUUGCCCAUGAGUCAGGACACAACUUCGGAAUGGUCCACGAUGGAGAGGGAAAUGUCUGCAAGAAGUCUCAGGGGAACAUCAUGUCUCCGAUCCUCACUGGCCACAAUGGAAUCUUCUCAUGGUCUGCCUGCAGCAGACAGUACCUUAGCAAGUUUCUAAGUACCACACAAGCAACCUGUCUCUCGAACGAGCCCCGAUCAGUGAAGGAGUAUGUCUUCCCGGAGAAGUUACCCGGAGAGCUGUACGAUGCUGACACACAGUGCAAGUGGCAGUUUGGGAAGAAAGCCAAGCUCUGCAACCUGGACUUCAAGAAGGACAUCUGUAAGGGACUGUGGUGUCACCGCGCAGGGAGAAAAUGUGAGACCAAGUUCAUGCCAGCCGCCGAGGGCUCAGUGUGUGGCCCGGACAUGUGGUGUCGCCGAGGUCAGUGUGUGAAGCAAGGCGAUGAAGGUCCCAGCCCAGUGGACGGGCACUGGUCAGAAUGGUCAGCUUGGUCUGCCUGCUCACGGACCUGUGAGGCUGGAGUGACCUACAGGGAGAGACAGUGCACCAAUCCGAGACCAGGCUUUGGAGGAAAGUUCUGUGAAGGCUUGGCGCGCUCGUACAAACUUUGCAACACCGAGGACUGCCCCAAAAGUGGGGGCGACUUCCGGGCUCAGCAGUGUGCCCAGUUUAACAGCAGACAAUUUCGUGGCUGGUUCUACAAGUGGAAGCCUUACACUAGAGUCGAAGACCAGGAAGUUUGCAAGCUGUACUGCUACGCUGAGGGCUUUGAUUUCUUCUUUGCCCUGUCCAGUAAAGUGAAGGAUGGGACCCUGUGUUCUCAGGACAGCUCGAACGUUUGUAUUGAUGGCCUGUGUGAGAGGGUAGGCUGCGACCAUAUUCUGGGUUCUAAUGCAACGCUGGAUGCAUGUGGUGUCUGCGAGGGAAACAACUCUUCAUGCAAGACCUACGAGGGCCGAUACCUGAAGCAGCACUACACAAACCAGUAUUACAGCAUUGUCACCAUACCAGCGGGAGCGCGCAGUGUCCAUAUCCUGGAGCUGAAUACAUCAAGCUCUUACUUGGCUGUGAGGACCUCAGAUCAAAAGUAUCACCUCAAUGGACAGUGGACCAUCGACUGGCCAGGAAAGCACGCUUUUGCUGGAACGUUUUUUGACUACAAGAGGCAGUACAAUCAACCAGAGACGCUCACUGCUACAGGUCCCACCAACGAAACCUUGGUUGUUGAGAUUCUCCUGCAGGGCCAUAACCCCGGAGUACAGUGGGAGUAUAGUCUUAGGAAGGUUGACGUCGAUAAGAAGAAUCACGUGAGACACAACUACACCUGGGCCGUCGUUCGGUCUCACUGCUCUGCUUCAUGUGCAGGAGGCCAGAUGAGCACUAAGUCAGCGUGCUUCAAGGACAUGAAGGUGCAGGUGAACACCUCUUACUGCAACCCCCAAUCCCGGCCUGCCACUGGCCUGCUUCCCUGCAACACACAGGCCUGUCCACCCAGCUGGAGUGUGGGAGACUGGGGCACGUGCAGCCGCGGCUGUGGGGGCGGGGAGCGGCUGCGACAGGUGAGCUGCCUGCAGAGGACGAGCCAGAGCCACGUGGGAACAGUUGCCGACACCCAGUGUCCACUGCUGCAAAAUCCAGUGCGCAGACAGAGCUGUAAUGUCCAGGUCUGCCCACCAGGGUGGAGCGCCAGCCCCUGGUCUCAGUGCUCACGUAAGUGCGGCAAGGGCCAGAGGAGGAGGACGGUGGUGUGCAGGAGCUCAGAGCCUGGCGGCCAGGCCGGCGUGCUGCCCGACAGCUCCUGCGUGGCAGAGCCCAAGCCCAGUGCCCAGGAACCCUGUGUGCUGAAGCGGUGCCCAAAACACCGUAAGGCCCAGUGGCUCGUCUCCAGCUGGCAGCAGUGCUCUGUAACAUGUGGGGUGGGCAUUCAGAAGCGUUCAGUCAUGUGUGUGGAGAAGGACGCCACUGGGAAACAUAGGGAACUGCCACCGAAGAAGUGCCAGCAUGUUCCAGAGCCGGUGGUGGAACUACAACAACCAUGUGCUCUGGCAAAUUGCCCCACCCCUGUUCAGCAACAUCUCUCCCGAUUGGCUAGACCUGAGUGGUACACUUCCCCUUGGUCUCAGUGCACUGUGACGUGUGGGGGAGGUGUGCAGCUGCGCUCUGUGCAGUGCCUGGUCCACGGCCGGCCGUCGCCCGCGUGCCACCCCCGCCUGCGGCCGGCCCCCACACAGGCCUGUAACAGCAACUUCUGCCCCAAGGCAAAGGGCAUGGACGUGCCUUGUAUGGACGCCUUCAAAUGGUGCCACCUGGUGCCCCAGCAUGGCAUCUGCCAUCAUAAAUUCUACGGGACUCAAUGCUGCCAGUCCUGUUCUCGUUCAAACCUUUGAAAUGGGGAGGAGAUGCUCAGCAGCCUUGACAGGAGGGCAGAGGAAGGACAGUAGAUUGUGUGUAAUAAUCCAGCAUUUGAAGGCCUGGUACACAUGCAGGCCCAGACAUGGAUGACAUUUGAAAUUGAGCAGACAGAGGAGAGGGGUGUCAUGGAAUGUUCCAUGCAGGCAUGGUCCACGAAGGUCUAAAAACGAUGCCAUCUCCUGUGCCCCCUCCUCCCAUGGACCCCCCUGAGCCUAGGUCUUCAAGACAGAAGGGACUUGUAAGGUGAACGUCCUGUUCUUGCAGUACGAUCGCAGGGAAACGUCCCUGAAAGCCACCCCCCCGCCCCAAUUCCCAGGACACACAGUAUGUUUAAUUUAAGUAUUUAAAGUUGCACUCAUUUGUUGGGCAUCAGGACCAGCGUCACCUUACAGCAGACCCUGUUCAGCGGCCGCGUGGUCAUCCAUGAAUGCUUUCAGAGACGCCUCCCACCAACGACUCGAAACUGCUGCUUAAGCACUUUGUCUUCUUUCCACUUCGCUUCCCUAAAGCGGUGUUUCUCAAUCCAGUCCUCGCUCGGGGAUCCACAGCAGUCCAGGUUUUUGCUCCCUCCCAGCUCCAAAAAUGUGGACUGUCCGGCAUGGAGAUGGGUGGGAGCAAAAACGUGGACCGUCUGUGGGUCCUGGAGGACCAGAUUGGGAAACACUCCUAAACUCUCUCCUUUUUAGAGAAAAGUACUUUGAUGGUCAUGUCAGUUUGUAUACAGCACUAUACGUCUGUCCCGCCUGCUAUGCAGUUUAUGGUGCUUUUUAUGGUGCUUCACAGUGGACAAAGAAUCCAAGGUAAUCCUUGCCACUAAUGUAUACCAAGUAACUGUUAAAAGGUAUUAAAAUACUGAUCAUCAAGGUAGACAUUAAAAAAUUGGUGCUUUUAUUUAUUAGCAGUGUUGCGCAUGUAUAUAUCAUGUCAUUUAAGUCACCUAACAUUUAGCCAUUUUCAGCAUUAGAGCCAGCUGCACAGUUCUGUUGUAGUAUUUAUGGUAAUGAGCUGACACAUUUGCAUAAGGAAGUACAUGCAUUGACAGCAUUUGCAGAAAAAUAAACUGUGACUUGUUUGUAAAACAAUAACAUGUCAGAAUCGCAUAACGGAGGUAGGUGCAGCCAAGCUGCCCAUAAUAUUUGACUUGAAGAACUGUGAGAUAUUUUUUAAUUGAACUGCAUAUCUUUGUUGUGUGCUUGUAUUCUGGAAAUGGGUACUAUAUUUAUACUACAAGAAUACUUUUGGUUCCAGUGACUUAUAUUCAGAAAUAUGCAAUGUCAGAAUGAUUGCUUUCUCCAAAUGUGUAUCACAGACUAAAGAUGAACAGAUUACUUUAUUAAAUAUCCAUCUACAUGUAGAAGUCACUAAGAAAAGAGUAACAGAUUUAGAUAUUUUAACAUCCCCUCUAGGAAGCAACCUUUGUCCAAAGCUACUAUAUCAAACUUCAGUCAUGGAAACACAUAACACAUAUUCUACAAACCAUUGUAUCACAAGUGCUGACCCAUGGUUUUUUAAAACUGUAAUAUGUUUCUCAAACCAUAUUAUUUCCAGAUGUUGUUUUGGACUACUGGAACGUGUUCAGCAUAAAUAUGGGCCUGUACACUUUUAAUGUGCUGGAAUUCUGAAUGCCAAUGGUUUGGGUGGUGCUGUUAAAAAAAAUUAACAGUUAUAUUUGUUUUGCUAACUUGUAUGGUAAUCAUAAAUCAUAAAUGCAUCUGGUGUUUUAAAAAUUAAUCCAUUGUAUUUAUAGUCAAACUGUUAUCAGUAUAAUGUGUUUAAUAUCCGAAUGUAAGUCUAUGUCGCAUUCAAUCUUAGGGUAUAUACAUCAGACUUUGAAUUUUGUAGUGGAUGUUACAGCUGUGUGCCUCGAUGUACUACUGUAGAUAACUUUGACAGACCCCGCGUUUCCUAUUCAGCAGUGCCUCUGGUGCUAAGGUGAUCAAAUAUUGAAAUUCACAUCAAGGUUUCAAAAAUCUCAAAAUGCUGAAAAAGGAAAACAUUGACAUAAAUUGAAAUAUUAGUUUCUUCCUCUCCAGAUAAUUUCCUACAAAGUGUCAAAGGAACAUAGGAAGAGCUGAAGAGGCUUAUUUAAAACAUCAACAGUACUUUUAUUUAUGAACUGUAUAAAGUACAACAUUUUUUCAUUUUAGCAUAUUUGAACAUGUAUGAAUGAGUAUCGAGCAGAUAUAAGCCGAUUUCACCUGACACUGACCAUGUUGCUUACCACUCAUUUAUAUUUGAAUCUAGAUGCAUUUAAUAUUAUGUACAAUAUAUGGCUAUGUUAGCUAAAAACAUAAUAAAAGUUGCCCAAUUAAAUGGGAAAAUCGUAUUUUAACAUAUCUUCCUGUUGCUACCUACUUAACAUCAACAGGUAACAUGAUCAGGUGUGGAUGCAUUUCACUUCUGAUUCCUUGACUCCUUACUGUAUACUGAUUUUUUUUUCUAUUAUGUGCUUGUUAAUUAUUGAUUUAGUAGACAAACUUAGCUAAUAACUUACAAGCUCAGCAUGCUGUUAUUGUAAAUUUGUUUUAUUGUCUCUUUGUUAACAGUGGUCAUUUUAAAUAUAAUCAUUCUAUCUCUUCACCUUA